GCUGCAACUCCCAUCAUCUCUGCCGCCACGAACGCUCCUCCACCCACAUCCGCUACCGAUGCCCUCGCGACCAACAACAACCCUUUUGACAUUGCCGAUGCCACCGACUAUGCCAACCUGCCCGAGAGACUAGGCUUCUUGAAAGAUCUCGGUCUUGACUAUGGAUGGGGUCCCACCGCUUUGAUCGAGUGGUCGCUGGAACAUGUCCAUGUGCUGUCUGGCAUGCCCUGGUGGGGCUCCAUCGCCGCAACCGCUUUCCUCUACCGUCUGUUCCUGGUUCCCAUGUUCAUGAAGGCCAACGAGAAUGGCGCAAAGAUGCGCGCCAUGCAGCCCAUCACACAACCCAUGAACGCCAAAAUGAUGGACGCCAUGCGAAACGGCGACAGAGUCACUGCCAUGACUAUGCGUCAGGAGUUGAUGCAAAUCAACAAGGCCGCCGGCGUCAGCACUUUCGGCAUGCUGGUCCCCAGUGUCGUCCAGGGUGUGUUUGGUUUCUGUGCUUUCCGUCUGCUGCGCGCAAUGUCCAAUCUUCCUGUCCCUGGCCUCGAGACUGGCGGUUUCCUCUGGAUCACCGACUUGACUCAAACGGACCCUUACUUGCUUCUUCCUGCCAUUAUGGGCGGUACCCUACACUUGGUCAUGCGUAUGGGCGGUGAGACCGGCACUCCCGUGACCGAAAGCAUGAGACCUUUCCUCCUCUACGUCUUCCCCGGCAUCGUCCUCAUCACCACCGCCUGGCUGCCCGCCGCCCUCAACGUCUGGCUCUGCACAACAGGUAUCAUGGGUGUAGCUCAAGUCCACCUCCUCAAGCGCCCCGAGGUCCGCCGCUUCUUCGGCCUGCAACCCAUGGUCGACCCA